AUGGGUAAUUCUGUGAGCGCUAAACGAAGUUCCAUUGAAGAAGAACACAGGAACCUUGCUAAACUCCUCAAAGCAGCAAAGUUUGGCAAAUGGGACGAGGUAUGGGAGGUUAUCGGAAGUCCAAAUUAUGAGAAAAAGUCUUACAUGUUAAAUUGUAUUCCAGAAGACCGACGCUGGUCUGUUUUGCAGCAAGCUGUUUGGUGGAAUAAAACCGAAGUAGUAAAUAAAUUACUACAAUUCUCUACCAUUGAUACUUAUGGAAAAGCAAAAGAAGGUAAAUCUGAAAUUGGGGAUGACGGAGGACUAACGGCAUUUGAGAUAGCAGAAAAAUUUAAAUACAGUGGCGUUUCCAAAGUCCUACAUGGUUUUGUAUGUGGUAUAGAUGGACUGGAAAUCGACACCUUUCAUGAUUAUAGCCAAGUUGUAGAAAGACAAGAAUUUGGGCUCUUCGGGUUGACGUUGGCUUCAUACAAAAAAACUUUUCAUCCCUCUACCGUAGAUCCAACAAAGCCAUUAUCAGUCGUCCUAAAGGAUGUGUUCGAGGUAAUGAAUACCACUGAUCAGUGGAAAACUGUUCGUGACAAGCUUUCCGAGUCUGUGUCUGUAGCCUAUCAGGAAUAUUAUGUAGAAAUGAGAAGAUGUGAAAGCAGGGAUGUUUUUUUAAAGAAAAUCAUAAAUGUUUACACAAAUGAGGACAAACGACUGUAUACUCGCGUUAACACCGCACUGCGACGCCAAAAAGCUCCAGGAUAUAAACCAACCGCAGAGGAUUUAGCCCUGGGACCUUAUAUCCUAGCUUUUCAGUUACUGCUGAUGUUCUGGAACAACUUAAAAACAGAACGUAAGACAACCUACAGAAAGAUGAUGCUUACGAAGAAGGACCUAGAAAAGUAUCAAAAGGGCAUCAAAUUCAUCUGGUUAUCAUUUGUUUCAAGCUCUGUAAAUCCAGAAAAAGCUAUCCCUUUUCCCACCCUCAGGCAAAAUGAAGAGAGCACUUAUUCUGCUAUUUUCAAGAUUGAUAAUUCAUGCGCAAACACUUGUCUUUGGCAACCAAAAAAUAUUGAGAAGUUUGCAAUGUUUCAAGAAGAAGAGAGGGUUUACCCUGCUGGUUCGCAAUUUCUCGUAACAGAUCGAAUUGAUAAAUUCGACGAAACUCAAAUAUGUCUGAAGCUUCUAUCUGUGCCAUUGUAAACAUGAAAAUUGAGCAAUUGACUACAAUUUGACAACUAUCAUGAUCAUGCAUUUAUAACUUGAAAGCCAACAAGAUUUCUACAAGCAUGAGCUUAACAUGAUAUUAUAACCAACAAAAAAGUUUGAAGGAAGAUUAUGUUUAAGAAGGCCCAUAGGAAUCCCCGAGGAUGCACGAAUAAGGGGCGGGGAGAAAAAGACAAAAAAAAGUUAAUUUACGAUUGUGCCCCCUCAGC